CUUAAGCGUAACAGUGAGUGGGAGUAAAUUGCGUCUGAUAACGAUGGCGUUGUGCGACUGUGCAAACUACCAUCGUACAACAAUAACCCCAAAGACGGCAAUCCAGCGUUACGAUGUGUCACUUAAAGCAUAACAAAAGUGUCAAAUAUCCGUGAAUAAAACUAGAGUUUAGUGUUAGUGAUUGUUUUUUAUUUGGUUAUUUGUUCUUUGUUUUGUUUCGAGAAUCAUGGCUUCGGUGAAGGUGGCCGUUAGGGUUCGUCCCUUCAACAAAAGAGAAUUGGCUAUGAACGCUAAGCUCAUAGUCCAGAUGGAUGGAAAGAAGACACGGAUAUUCAGCAGCAAGAGUCCUGGCGGAUGUAGAGACAUCGAUAAGGAGACGUACAAAGACUUCACAUUCGAUCAUUCCUAUUGGUCCUUUGAUGCUGAUGAUGGGAAUUAUGCAUCACAAGAUGAAGUAUUCUAUGAUCUUGGGACAGAUGUCAUUGAGAGUGCCUUCGCUGGUUACAACGCCUGCGUUUUCGCCUACGGUCAGACCGGCUCUGGCAAAACUUUUACGAUGAUGGGCUCGCCGGAAGCCCAAGGCCUAAUCCCAAGGAUAUGCAAGACUUUAUUCGCGAGGAUGGCAGCAGGGAAGGAGACAGGAGCAUCUUACAGAACAGAAGUUUCGUUUCUCGAGAUUCAUAAUGAACGAGUACGAGAUCUGUUGAGGCCAGAGCAGAGUCAAUCACAUUCCCUAAAGGUUCGAGAACAUCCGAAGAGGGGGCCUUAUGUCCAGGACCUGUCAAAUCACUUGGUUUACGAUUAUACUGACAUUCAGGAAUGCAUGGUGAGGGGAAAUACGCACAGAACAACCGCAAGUACAAAUAUGAACGACGUGAGCAGUAGGAGUCAUGCAAUAUUUACAAUAACAUUCGUGCAGGCUGGAUUUUCAGAGGGAAACAUGCCAUCGGAGACUGUUUCUAAAGUGCAUUUGGUCGACUUGGCUGGAAGUGAACGAGCGAAUGCAACAGGAGCCACAGGCCAGCGUCUGAAGGAAGGUGCACACAUAAAUAAAUCCCUUGUAACCCUGGGGUCAGUCAUAUCUGCCCUGGCAGAAGUCUCUCAAUCCUCCACAGACUCAAACAACGCUCGAAAAAACGUCUUCAUCCCCUACAGGGACUCAGUCCUGACCUGGCUCUUGAAGGAUUCCCUCGGUGGUAACUCGAAGACGAUAAUGAUUGCUGCGAUCAGCCCAGCGGACUGCAACUAUGGAGAAACUCUGAGCACUCUCCGAUAUGCCAAUAGAGCCAAGAACAUCAUAAACAAGCCUACUAUAAACGAAGACGCAAACGUAAAAUUGAUCCGUGAAUUGCGAGAAGAGAUUCUCAAACUAAAAUCGAUGAUGGGUAAGGAUAUGAGUCUGGAGAAGCCUCCCCAGCAGAAGGUACUGCUGGCGCAGAUUCAUGAGAAGCAAGAGCAGGAGAAGGUCCUGACGGAAGAGUGGACGGAGAAAUGGAGAGAGACCCAGAAGAUUUUGCAGGAACAGAAGGCCUUGGGAUUACGUAAAAGCGGAGUUGGAGUGGUGCUGGACUCUGAGAUGCCUCAUCUCGUAGGUAUUGAUGAUGAUUUAUUGAGCACUGGGGUGACUCUGUAUCAUCUGAAGGAAGGGAAGACCUUGGUGGGGACAGAAGAAGCGAAUUCUGUUCAGGAUAUCGCCCUGACUGGUCCUGAUGUCGAGCCUGAACAUUGCAUCGUAGAGCUGGUUGCUGGGGUAGCUACUCUGCUGCCACUGUCACCUUAUUGCUGGAUUAAUAUGGUUCAGGUGGACAAACCUACGAGAUUAUCUCAGGGAUGCAUCAUUCUCCUAGGUAGAAAUAACAUGUUCAGGUACAAUGACCCUGUGGAGGCAGCAAAAUUGAGAAAAGAAGGAGGAUCUGGCAAUGGCAACCUACAAUCCACUGUUGUCAAUCUAUCAAGGCUGUCUCUUCUGAGUUGGAGUGUCUCGGAUCUUCAUGCGUCGACCUCCAGUGAUAAUUUAUUAAACUCGAGUGAGGAUUUGAGAGCUCUCGAAGAAUUAGAACAGCAGAAGGCAGCUUUGAUUAAGGAGAAAGAAGACUUUAAGAAAGAACAAGAAGAAAGGGAAGAAAGAUGGGCAGCGAGGCGUGAAGCUUUGGAGGGUGCCCAGAGAGAAUUAGAGAGAGAAUGGGGUGCACAAUGGAAAGAAUGGGCAGAUGCAAUAGCUGCACUAGAGGCAAAACAACGUGAAUUACGUACAAGACGACGUGUACUCGAGCAAGAGAGGAGGGACGAGAUGACACAAGUAGAAAGUUUGUGUAGGGAAGUCGCCUCACUGCGCACCAAUCUCCAGAAUAAACAGCUACAGUUCGAAGAGUUCAUGAGUAAUCACAAUCAAUUGAUGGUGCAACAGCAAAAUGUAAUCAAGACGGAUGAGAGUGCAAUCAGCGAGGGCAGUUUACCAGAGUCCUGGGGAAGUUUCAAUGACAGGAAGUCAGUAGAUGCUAUGAAGGAACUCGUCAAUCAUCAUAAAAAAGAACUAGCUGCCUUAGAGUCGGAACUCCAAAACAAAGUAAAAUCCUUGAAUGAACAUCAAUCUAGAGUGGAAAAAAUGGAGGAGGAGUUAUUAGAUAUGGCAGACAAACAGAAGCAAAUGCUCAGUCUCGAGUUCGAAGGUCAAGAGAUAACCGAAAAGAAACUCGUCUUGGCGAAGCGCACCCAGGAACAACUCCAGGAGAUCCUCAAACGUAAACAGUCCCUCUCCUUAAAUCUGAAACGUGCGCUUCCAGCCUCCUCAGGUCGUUCCAGCAGUUCAAGCGACGUCUUGGCCAGUUGCGACCUGAAAUCCUUCCAGGACGCCUGCAACCGUAAACUUAGAAUCGCUUCGGCUCUCUGUCUUCUUCCUCCAGACCUCCCCAUUUCCACCGACACAACUGAGACCUUCCACACAGCAGCUGCAGAGACUCCUGACCUCCAGUCCUUUUCGUCCCCGUCAAAUUCAGUUGAUCCGGUCAAUUCCAUCAAGUCAAAUGAUCCAAUUAAUCCUCCAGACCAUGAAAAUUUCCAGGAACUAAACGACCCUAAAACUGAUGACAAACAAGAAGGAAACCUCUUCAAUCACCGAAUAAUACCUUCCAGUGAAGACAAGAUAGACGAUAAAAUCACAAAUCAUCAAAUGAUAUCUUCCAAUGAAUUUAUUGAUGAUAAGUUAAUGAAUCAUCAGAUGUCUUCAAGAUCAGAGAAACAAGAAGAAAAGACUGAAUUAAUGAGUGAUAAUUAUGAGAUAAUUGAGCCAACUGAUGACAAUAAAGAGUUAAAUAGCGAUUUAGUUGAGAAUCCUAAAGAUAAUGAUGAUGAUGAUGAUGAAGAUAGUACAUUUGCGAGUCACGAGAGAGGAUCACUAGAGACCUUAAGUGAUGAUCCUUCGAGUCAGGAGAAUCAGGCGAUGAAGAGACUCAACCAGAGAAUAACCCGGCAGAAGAUGACGGUAAUGAGGUGUCUUGAGUCCAGCACACCGGCCAAAGAUGAUUUAAAUCGACAGAUUCUGGUGCUCCAGGAUCUUCAGAGGCAGCAGAUUGAGCUCGAGAUCUGGUUGCUGAAGAAGGGGAAGGAUUACGAGAUGAGGAGAGGCUUGAAGGGGGCAGAAGGGAGGGCGGAUUAUUUGGAGACAGAGUCUGAGGACGAUAACUGGAACUCUGGGGUGGAUGGGGAUAUUGGAGGAGUAGGGAGAGGAUUAAUGGGAGAGAGAGAUGUCAUGAGUGAUCAGGAUGAGGAUGGGAGGGAGGCAAUCAGGAAUGGAGCACAAAAAGGGCCGGUGAGCAGGGGAUACUCCUCGGUUUAUCUUACGAGCCUCAAUCGCGGAGAUCGACUAGGAAGUCCCUAUUCCCUUUCUAUUACAAGAUCAUUACCGUCGUUGAUACCCAGCAAUAGUUCAGCCGAUGCUAUCAUCAAUAUGAUCGUCUCCGUAUCCUCGUACGUCAUACGUGGAGCUGGCACAUCGAGUCACUACGAGUACGAAGUUCGAGUCGUUGCUGUUGAUGACAGUUGGACACUUUUACGUCGUUACAGACGAUUUAGGGAGCUUUAUGUCAGUAUGAGGCAGAAAUAUGGUGGCAAGGUAUCAGCAAUUCGUUUUCCGCCACGACAGGUAUUCCCAAGGUACGAAGUAGUUGCUAAACAGCGAAGAAAACGUCUGGAAGAGUAUCUGAGACGAUUAAUUCAAGUCUGCUCAGAAUUACCCAAUUGCGAGCCUCUCUAUAAAUUCAGAGGGAAUCUUAGUAACCUCGAUAAGCAAUCACUCCUCGAAUUCAGCCCAUUCUUCAGGCGUGGCACCUUUGAGAGCAGUAAAUACGGGACCAGCUAAAAAAUGCUAUUUGGGCCACAUUGUUGGCUCUUAUUAUUCCUCAUUUUAUUUAAUUCGACAACUGAUCAUUUUACAAUUUCAAUUUCUUAUUUAUUUUUCAUUUCAUGUUCAAGUUCUGAUACUUUUUUAUGAAGAGGAUACAAUGGGGAAUGGGAAAUCUACAUAUCAUCACACAUUUGCGGUAAUUGUGGCUUUUUAGAGUCAACGAUUCUUGAAAUUAUUACAGAAUAAGGAAGUAAAACCCAGUUGAAAAAUUCUGAUUGAACAAUUAUGUCGGUAAUAAAGAAUUCUAGGAGGAAAUGUCAGAAAAUAGCUUUUGAAGGAAAUUUUAUCAACUACAAAAAAGAUCUAUCAACCUUUUCUCCUAAAUUCAAUAGUUUCGGAAAUAAUUACGAAAUCGGAGAGCAACAACUGUAAAAGAAAAAUUGGAAUGAUGAAUUUAUCUCAUUAAUGAGAUUUCCUAGUCGCGGAAAACUUUCUAUUUGAUUGACUUUAGAUAUUUAAUCCCUUCCCCAUUUAGUCAAUUACAAAAUACACGUUAUUUGUUUGUUUCCCAUUGGGAACAAUUAUUCG